AUGAAGUCAUAUAUUUCCUUGUUAUUCAUAUUGUGUGUUAUAUUUAACAAAAAUAUUAUAAAAUGUACAACAGGAAGUGAAAGCGGAAGUGGAGGAGGAAGUCCAGCCGGAAGUGCAGGUGUAAGUGAAAACGGUAGUAGGGGACAAAGAUCAGCAACAAGCCCAGAACAAGGUGAAGAACAAAGUCCAAGCGGUGGUUCAGUACAAAGGCAAGAACAAGGUGCAGGACAAAGUUCAAAUGAAGUUUCAGGAGAUGCUUCAGUACAAAAGACAGUUACUUCAUCAGUAACACCAUCUCCAACCACUCCUUCAGAAAAUAAAAAUUCCAUUUUGGUAAAAUCUGCUUUAUUAAAAGAUUAUAUGGGUGUAAAAGUUACUGGUCCAUGUAACGAAAAUUUUGUUAUAAAAAAAAAAUAUGUAAAAGAAGAAUCAGAAGGUACAAAUGGAGAAAAAAAUCCAAGUACAGGAACCGUUGAAGCACAAGAUGAAUCAGGUCCGACUACACGUGUAGAUUCAAGUGAAAGUUCCAGUUCAAGAUCAGACUCAAGUGGACGUUCUAAUUCCGGAACAGGCUCAAGUGGAAGUUCAGGUUCAGGAAAUUCAAACAAUGGUCAAGCUGUAUCAAGUAACGAUUCUAACCAAAAUAACAGAAAUUUACAUAAUAUAUGUGCAACAGGAAAAACGUUCAAAUUUGUAGUAUAUAUUAAGGAAAAUACAUUAAUACUUAAAUGGAAAGUAUACGGAAAGGAGGAAAGUAAUGAAUAA